UUCGAACUUGGGCUGUGCACCUUCUUUCUUCGCCGGGUCGGGACCGAGAGGGUUUGGAAUACCGAGAGGGCCAGAGCGCACGAAUUGCACCAUCGGCUCCAAGCCAGGGAAUUGGAGGCCGAAAUCUCGCACACUUGCAGCGUCCCUCGUUCAGCCUGGUGGUGUAAGCUCGAACGCUGAAGUUUGACAGAUCUCGUUCAUAACUUCGCUCUCAACGGAACUCAUAACAAACCGAGUUUGGGCCUUUUAUAUUCAUUUGGUUGGUUUUGAAGUCGGGCGGCCUUGUCGUUGAAAUUGAUCGCCAUCCCAUGCACGCUAUCACGAACUCCGACACGUCUAGUUGUUUGCUGGAUCCGACAAGAGUUCCUUCGGCGCUUGCCACUCGCGUUUUAAGUCUGCUUGGAUUGGUGCAGGGGAUCCAUGGCUUCGAGCAGCAAUGAGAUUAUGAGCAAUCCCGCCAGUGUAGAGGAGAUGACACUAGCAGUAAAAUGGGCGGGGAAGGAGUUUACCGUGAGGGUGUGUGGAGAUGACUCUGUUGGAGAGCUCAAGCGUCGGAUUUGUGAAUUGACGAACGUUCUUCCAAAGCGACAGAAACUGCUCAAUGUGAAGGCUGGAGUCAAACCCGCGCAAGACUCAUCUCUGCUUUCACAGCUUGCACUAAAGCCCGGGAUAAAGAUCCUGAUGAUGGGCACUGUGGAAGAUGAGAUUUUUGUGGAUCCGGUUUCUGCACCGGAGAUUUUAGACGACUUCGAGCUUGGUGAAGAAGACACGGUGGACAUCAAGGACGCCGAGGUUAAUAAAGCGAAACUACGCAGGCGCGUUGAUCAGUAUAAGUUGACACUGCUCAACCCUUCUCGUCCUGGAAAAAAGUGUCUGGUUUUGGACAUUGACUACACCAUCUAUGAUCAUCGAUCUACAGCAGAAAACACCAAGGAGCUGUUGCGCCCACAUGUGCAUGAAAUGUUGAAAGCAGUAUACCCUGCAUAUGACAUUAUCAUUUGGUCAGCUACCAGCUUAAAAUGGGUAGAGAUAAGGAUGAAGGAGCUGGGAGUGCUCAACAAUGAAAACUACAAGAUAACAGCUCUGCUGGACCACCUUGCCAUGAUCACUGUACAGUCAGCAAGUCGUGGGGUCUUUGACUGCAAACCUUUGGGAAUUAUCUGGGCGAAGUGUCCUGAGUAUCAUUCUGGGAAUACUAUAAUGUUUGAUGACUUGAAACGCAACUUUGUUAUGAAUCCUCAGAACGGUCUUGUGAUCAAACCUUACCGGAAAGCUCACAUGAAUCGAGCAACCGAUAGAGAGCUGGUCGGUCUUACCGAGUAUCUGUUGUCAAUAGCAGAACUGGAGGAUUUGAGUCACUUAGACCACCGCAGAUGGUACGAAUAUAUAGAGCACCAGUGGAAGCCUUGAUUCGAUGUCGGGUUCAUUGGAGUGGUGCUAAUCGUAGUAAAAGAAUGUGACUCGCAUCCUCCGUAGAUUGUACGCUUCACAAACAGAACUUCAGCCACUUUUUUCUAGCCUGCCUGCACGUGUAGUGCUUGCCGCUAUGUGGCAAAGUAGAGUUGAGGUUCAUAGUGAAGUGCAAACUGCCAGAGUCAUGGACAACAGCAGUACAAAUUUAUGGGCAUGCCCACUUUCAGCGCAUUCGUAUCUAGAUGAGUCAGGCACAACGCUUGAGUGGACAAUGAUUCAAAACCCUCAAGCUGGAUGGACCGCAUGUACAUUUUGUAACUAUAUUCGAAAUCGAAAAUUCAAUCCAUCUUCAAGGGGA